CUUCAGCUUCCAUUGUACUUUGAAUCUGAGAUUGGUACAUGCUAUUAUAUCUUUUCUGGGUUUUGUCAAGAUUUUUUUUCUUUUUUCUUUUGGGUUGUUAUGUGGAACUGGAGAGUUGAAAAUUUUCUAUUAUUUGAAGAAAAAAUUGAUUUUAGUUAAUUAAUUAUUUUUUUGGAGGGUGGUCCGGUGGUUUCUUUUGGUGAAAGCAUCUUUUUAGGUGGAGUGCUUUGUCACAUUCUCUCUUCAGAAUUGUGAAAUUUUGGGUAUUUUUCCUUAAAUGGGUGUUAGUUGAAUAUAAAAUUAGAGUUGUGGGCACAAUGGAAGAGGUUUGGUGCUGUUUAUUUUUCUUUAUUAUGUGGCCAUUGCCUUGUUUCUGUGCAAUGAUUGGUCUACCACUGUUGACAUCUUUUGAGGUGAUCAAUGAUCAUACACUGAUUAGUGUUUGGGUGGAAACUGGACAUGAGUAUGCUGGUGGGGAUAUGCUCGAACCGCGUGAAUCUGAUAUUCCUCUCCUGUUUCUGGUCCUGGUUGUAUUUCCUUUGGUGGCUUAUAUCUUACUUGGAAAAUGGAGCGAGACUACUAAGAAGAGAGAUAGGAUAAGCUUGCUUGCCCAGUUGGCUGCCGAAGAAGCUUUGAGAGCAGAGGAAAUGGCCGUCCCUGAUUUGAUUCCUCUGGUGACUUCUUCUAAGAUUGCUUCUAAGAGUGAACUUCAUCCUCUAUCAAAGAAGAGUGAACAUCAUCAAUGUGCCCGGUGCUCGGCCCCAUCCAAGACUCGCUGCUCCAGAUGCAAGGCUGUUAGAUAUUGCUCUGGGAAUUGUCAGAUAAUCCACUGGAGGCAAAUUCACAAGCAAGAAUGCAAACAAUUGGAAACACAAAAAACAGGCUAGCAUGAACACCCAGUUCUUUGGACACACUUUGAAGCAGACACCAAGGGAGAGUGUGCCUUUAGAUCAUUUGGUUCCCCCUCUAACCGGAACUGCUGCCCCUGCUACAUCUGAUUUUUCCCUUUAUAAUAGUUCUCAACCUUCCACUUUGGAGAGAAGAAGUUCCUAUAAAUCCAACAGAGAAACUAGGAGAAGAGAUAAUGGAUCUAUCCACAAGUCACCAAUUGAGUCUACUGAUCAUAAGGUUGCUAGCUCUUCCUCUUCGAGUGUGGUAUCAAAGGAUGCAUUUUCGGGACAGAAGUUAAUGAAUAAUGAGUAUUCUACGUUGGAGGAAGAAACUUCAAGAAAGUCCUGCUCUGAUGGCUUCGGAGUUCAUGUCAAUGGACAGGAUGCAUCAAGAAAUGUAGUCUACGAGGGUCGUAACUAUCAGAGUCAAUAUGGAAAUGCAUUUGUACCAAGAAACAACCAUGGACACUCAAAUGUGUCAAGUGCGGUAAACAAUAAUGAAGAUGUAGAAGAAUUUGAAAAAGGCAACGCUACUAACAAAGGAAACAUAGUUAGAGGAGGAAAUUGUCAUUCUGAAGAAGCAGCACAAUAUGAUUGCUCUUCUGACAUGAUAAUGAAAGGAAGUGUGAAGGCCAAAAAGAUGUCACAUAUUUCUAAGACCAAAUCUUCUAAAUCACCAAAGUCAAAAUCACCGAAGUCAACAUCAAAGACAUCAACAGAUUUUUGUUGUUCAGAAAGAGAAGGAAAAGUUGCAGAUGAACAAAAAACCAUUGAAAACAAAGAUGCCAUCCCUCUGCAUGGUGGCAACGGGGCUGCAAGCACUGGAAUUAUGAAAAUGAUGGGUUUGAGGAAAUCAUCAAAACCAACUGUAAUGGUCUCCCCUGAAGGUAGUGGUGCAAGCUGUAAGAAGAUAAAGAAGAUGAAGAUGUUGUUUCCUUAUGAGGAAUUUGUAAAGAUUUUUCAGAGUGAAAUCUUUGGCAUAUGCCCCAGGGGCCUGUUGAAUUGUGGGAACAGUUGCUAUGCGAAUGCUGUCUUGCAGUGCUUGACUUCUACGAAGCCUCUUGUUGUCUAUUUGCUUUAUAGAUCACAUUCAAAAGCCUGUUGUGCUAAAGAUUGGUGUCUCAUGUGUGAACUGGAGCAGCACAUUAUAAUUUUGAGAGAAAAUGGAGAUCCUCUAUCUCCUAGUAGGAUACUUUGGCACAUGCGGAGUAUAAAUUGCCACAUGGGUGAUGGAAGUCAGGAAGAUGCUCAUGAAUUUUUAAGGCUUCUUAUUGCGUCAAUGCAAUCUAUAUGCUUGGAGGGACUUGGUGGUGAGAAAAAGGUUGAUCCUAGACUACAAGAAACAACUUUCAUACAACAUACGUUUGGUGGCCGUCUUCAAUCCAAGGUUAAAUGUCUGAAUUGUAACCAUGAAUCAGAAAGGUAUGAGAAUAUUAUGGACCUAACCUUGGAGAUAUUGGGUUGGGUUGAGUCACUGGAAGAUGCCCUGACUCAAUUUACUUCCCCUGAAGAUUUGGAUGGUGAAAAUAUGUACAGAUGUGGAAGUUGCACUGCAUAUGUUCGAGCUAGAAAGAAACUGAGCGUACAUGAAGCUCCGAACAUCCUAACUAUUGUGUUGAAGCGAUUUCAGGAAGGAAGAUAUGGCAAAAUUAACAAGUACAUAACAUUUCCUGAAAUGCUCGAUAUGAUACCUUUCAUGACUGGGAUGGGUGAUGUUCCCCCACUCUAUAUGCUUUAUGCUGUUGUCGUACACCUGGACACACUGAAUGCAUCUUUCUCUGGACAUUACAUUUCGUAUGUGAAAGAUCUGCAAGGCAAUUGGUUCAGGAUUGAUGAUAGCGAGGUUCAGCCAGUGCUAAUUAACCAGGUGAUGUCAGAAGGUGCAUAUAUCUUAUUCUACAUGAGAUCUUGUCCGCGCCCGCCAGUUGAACUUUCCGGGAAAAACAUGCAGCAAUCGGUUCCCAACUAUUCAAAACACUGCCCGGUAGAACCACAGAAGCCUUCCAAGUCCGGACAUAGCAGAAACAACAGCCAAUUUGUCGUCCCUGAACCUUUGGUCGAUACCAGAGCAGAUGUUGCCCCUCGACAAAUCAACUCUGCCAAUGGCUUCCUCAGAAGAAGCACCAGCAGAAAUGUCCUGCCAGUAACACAAACUUAUUUCGAAAACAUCAGGCACGAGUUCUCGGAUGCAGCGUCUAGUGACUGGUCCCUUUUCACAAGCUCAGACGAGGCAUCUUUCACGACGGAGAGCACUAGGGACUCCUUCAGUACGGUAGAUUACAGUGAUAACAUGGAUCCAUUGGCAUCCAUCUUCAACUUCACCCCGAAAAACUCCUACAGGAAAUUUUCGAAUAGUCGGCCACUUACCAGGUUCGUCCCCGAAAAGGGUCAUACUGAGAGAGUAGAGAGAAUUGAUCAGUCUCAUAAUAAGGCCAUGAAUUCAUCAAUUGAACACCAUCCACCAAAUGGUAAUUGCAGCAUGUAUGUAUACUAUGGACGUAGUAACCCUGUGUGUGAUAAUAUUACAAGGACUUGAAACUCAGUUUGAAUUCUUUCUGGGAAUUCUAACUGGAUGAAAUUGAUGAUGAUUUAGUUGUUGUAGCAAGUGCUUUUUGCCUCAAAGUUUUCAAUAUUUUGUUGAUUGAGGCAUAUAGCUCUUAAGGCACAGGUGUAAUUUUUACUUUAAGUUUAUUGAUAAUUGUAAAGAUGACAGCAAUGUUCCUUUGGUUAUCUGUUAAUCCAUCAUAGGCUUUUCCUAAUUUUGAGCA